UAACAGAAACGUAUUAGAAAAAUGUAGCCGCGUGCAUGCAUGGAAGUUUCCUACUGCCAAAUGUUGGGACCCUUAGCUGUAGACAAUUACAACAGAUCCGUACAAGGAAGGAUACUUCCUGUCCUUUUCCUCUGCAUCUCUUGGAACAUUGCACUAUAAGUACGUAAGACAUCUUCCACUCAUCUAAUCAACAGUAUACUCAUCAUCACGCACAGACAACGUGAUCAAACACGAAAAUUCUCCUUGAAUAGUCUUUGUUUCUUGCGGGUCAAGAUCAGUACCUUGUAAUUUUCCUGUAUGCAUGAAUUCUUGAAAUCAUCUUGCCUUACCAUAUAUAGAUAGACAGAAGAAGAUUUCAAUCAUUUGCAGUACGUAGAGAGAGAAAAUUAAGGAUGUCUCGCCCCAAUUUCGACUUCGAUUCACUAAGCGAGUUGCACGAUUCCGUGAACAAUUUGCUGCAUUCCCCCGACAUCAAGCUCGAGAUAAUCCACCAGGGCCAGGAAAAAUGGGCGCACCAGGUCUCUGAAGCAUCCCUGAAAAUGGCGGAUUCUUGCGCUGCAGCCAAGGACCUCCUCCUCCUCGCUAAAGCCCAUGUCCAGAACCUGCAGUCCGCGUUUCGCCGAAUCGCCGCCAGCACGGCGGAUCACUGCAGUUUCGCCCCCCACCGCCUCCCCCGGAAGCAGCUGAAGAAAGCGAUCCUGAAAAGACUGAACUCGCUCAAGGGAAUGAAGAGCACUUUCGCCGCGCCACCGGAAGAUCCGAGCCUUGUGGUGGUCGUGAACUUGCUGAAGGAAGUGAGAGCCACCACGGCGUUGAUGGUGGGAUCACUGUUGUCGCUCAUCGCCAUCCCUAAUCCGGAUUCGGGGCGUAAGCAGGAUCCUGUUUUCAGGAUUAAGUACUUGACCCGGGUCGACAGCUUUAGUACAUGGGAGAAAUUAUGCGACGUGUCUGACGUACUUACGAUGAUUAAAAGGCUUGAGGAAGUGGAGAUAGUGGUGGAAGACAUGGAAGCAGAGUUAGAGCGUAUGUUGAGAAGGUUGAUCACCACAAGAGCUUCGCUUCUAAACAUACUCACCACCUACAAAUAUUAAUAGCCGAUACGUAAGCAACCUAAAAUAUAUUUUCAGGGGCUGCACUGCAGUCACAAAUAUAGAUUAAUUAGUCUAAUCACUUUAAUUUUUAUUUAAUUUUAUAUAUGUAUUCUUUGAUUCCCGUCUAAUUUUUUGGAUCGAGGGAAUUACAAUUGAUGAAUUAAGUUAAUUAUAAUUUUCAAAUUCAGUUGGAA